UGAAGUUUACUACCUUUUACUAAGAACGGCACUGUGCUUUAAAAAACUUGAGUCCAACUUACAAAAACCCAAAGUAUUUCGUACUCAUGGAAAAAGAAGCUAACAUAGUGGCAAAAUGGAGUGGUAAUAAAAACAAUCAUACUACUGUUACAGCAAAAGAAUUUGUACACGGUGUGGAAAAUGUGUGUUCGGACUACCGGAAAUGCUGUUGUAUUAGCAGACUGUGAUGAGGAACGUGGAAAAGAGUCCGAAAAAAAAUUAAACGAGAGGUUUGGGGAAAGUAGAGCUAUCUUUGUCAAAACUGAUGUUUCAAAUAUUGAUGAGUUUGAAAAUGCUUUUAAUGAAACAAUCAAACAUUACGAUCAUGUAGAUAUACUUAUCAACAAUGCAGGAAUACUUGAUGACAGUAUCUGGGAGAGAGAAAUAUCAGUGAAUUUGAAUGGUAACAUACACGGACUCAUACUAGGAAUGGAAAAGUUCCUGAAAACAUACCGUCAGUCAGAGGAAGCAGUUAUAGUGAACAUUUCUUCAGUAUGCGGUAUAGAAUGCUACGGAUUUCUACCUGUUUAUUGCUCCAUCAAGUUGGCUAUAAUUGGGAUGACUAGGGCCUGGGGAUGUCCUGCUCACUAUGAAGACAGUAAAAUAAGGGUUAUAUGUUUGAGCCCUGGCGCUACUGACACUCCGAUGAUGCAAAACUUAGAACCGGUACGACUUAUUGCUGGCCACUAUGCUAAUACAAGAGCUGGAUGUGGUAGCCGAGGAGCUGGUACGAAUAAUAAGGUACGCCAAAAGCGGAAGCGUUUGGAUCGUUGAGAAUGAUCAGCCGGCAUACCAAUACGAAUUUCCACCAAGAGCAGAAUUCAUGAAUAACACUCUGAAAGAAAGCUGAUAGCCUCAGUUAAAGUAUCUAUCUUGCCUCGUUAUGUUCUUUGAGAAGGAUUUUCUCUUGGUAGUUUGCAUUAUAGAUACAAUUGGGGAAGAUGUAGCAUGUAUCGUAAUAUUGUAGCUCAUAAACUUUAGAUAGGCGUACUCAACUUCAAAUAGUCCUUUUUAUGUAACGGGUGAUUUUUUAAGAGGUAUAGGAUUUGAUCUUCAAAAAAACACAAAAAAUUUGAAAAAACGAUUAAACCUUUAUUUGAGUCGAUAGAACGGUCGAUAUAGUUUAAUGUUUAAAGAUUAUUUCACGUAAAUGUUGGCCGCGGCUCCGCUUUAGAUGGCCCAUGCGCAAGGUCCAAUUUUGGCGCACACUCUCCAACAUAUCGGCCGGUAUCUUACGAACAAAUGCUUCAAUAUUGGCUUCCAGUGCGUCAAUCGUUGCUGGUUUAUCCCUGUAGACAUUAGCCUUAACAUGGCGCCACAAGAAAUCGUCCAACGGCGUUAAAUCACACGAUCUAGGCGGCCAAUUGACGGGCCCCAAACGUGAGAUAAACUGUUCACCGAACUCGCCUGUCAAUAGGGCCAUUGUUUCGUGUGCGGUGUGGCAUGUGGCACCGUCUUGUUGAAACCACAUGUCAGCCAAGUCCAGCUCUUCCAUUUUGGGCAAAAAAAAGUUUGUUAUCAUCGCACGGUAGCGCUCGCCAUUCACAGUUACGUUCCGGCCAUUGUCGUCUUUGAAGAAGUACGGCCCGAUGAUGCCACCGAUCCAUAAUCCACACCAAACAGUGAUUUUUUCGGGAUGCAUUGGUAGCUCUUGCAAUGCUUCUGGCUGGUCUUCACUCCAGAUGUGGCAAUUUUGCUUGUUAACGUACCCAUUCAACCAGCAAUGAGCUUCGUCGCUGAACACAAUUUUUCGAUAAAAAUGUGGAUCUUCCUCCAACUUUGCCAGCGCCAAUUCACCAAAUGGGAAACGUUGUGGAAAGUCGUGUGGCUUCAAUUCUUGCACCAGCUGUAUCUUGUAAGGUUUUACACCCAAAUCCUAUCGCAAAAUUUUCCACGUAGUGGAGUAACAGAGGCCCAAUUGCUGCGAACGGCGGCGAAUCGACAUUUCACGGUCAUCACUAACACUGGCGAAUACAGCCGCAAUAUUUUCUUCAGUCCUCAAUCUUCGUCUGCGUGUUGGUGGUUUAAUGUCCAAUAAUGUAAACUGGGUUCGAAAUUUAGUCACAAGCUUCCGAAUAGCUCCCUCAGUAGGCCGACCAAAUUGCCCAUAAAUUGGAAGCAGUGCUCGAUGCACUCUCUUAACCGGGCAUGAAUUUUGAUAGUAAAAUUCAAUAAUUUGCAAGCGUUGUUCGUUCGUAAGUCGAUUCAUGGUUAAAUUAUAGGCCAAACUGAACAAGUUUGACAAUGACACAAGACACGAUUCAUGCGUCAUCUGUCAAAAACAGUGUUGCCAAAAAGAUACUAUCAAAAAAAUCACCCAUUAUUAUUUACCUCUAGGAAUAACAUAAUAAAUAAGUAUGGGAGCUUCAUUUUUAUUUGAAUUUUAUAGGUAGGUGAAUCGAGUGCAUAAUGAUCCCUUUACGGAAAAACUUUACUGCGCUCAAAGUUUAAGUCAAAAACACAAGAUUCAAAUUGUUAAGAGUAGUGAAUUUACUUUCUUUUGUAGCUCCUACUUAUGUCUCAUGAUACGUCUGUAGCUUAUUAAUUUCGUCAUAUUUUCUAAAAUUUUAGUUUUAUGUUAUUUUUUUAUACACAUGUACUUAUGAAAUGAUCCCAGGGAUCGCAUUGAUGACGCAGAUGCUUAUUGAAAAGCUAUGUCCUAAAGGUUUUGGCACAAAAUAUUUAUCGGACUUUUUUAGUGGAGAAAUUUAUUCAUCACCCAAAUUUAUUUGCUGCCUUUAUCGCUCUCCCUCGAACCAUAACUGGGAUGACCUACUCGAAUACCUCGCCGUCCAGAUCGACUUCCUGAACAUCAAUCACCCCGCUUCAGAGGUAGUUCUUCUCGGUGAUUUCAAUGCCCAUAAUGAGCUUUGGUUGGGCUCAAAUAAGACCGAUGCAGCAGGUCGUGCAGUCGAAGCGUUCGCUCUUACUCAAGGGCUGACCCAGCUGGUGACGAGCCCUACUUUUUUCCCCCGCGUCUUGUCACACGCCAGUAGCCUGCUGGAUCUCUUUCUGACCACGCAUCCUGCUCCUUACAGCACUGCUGUCUUGUCCCCCCUGGGUAACUCAGAUCACGGUGUUGUGGAGGUUAGGUUUCGGUCAGAAGCCGCUGUGGCAGCAGAAACUCGCACAGGCCGCAAAACUUGGCAUUACGGACAUGCCGACUGGGAGGGGCUCAGAGACUUAUUCUCUAGCUUUCCUUGGAGAGAUGUCUGUUUCACUGACGCGGAUGCGUCGACUGUCUGUUCUUCAAUAACCGAAAUUAUCCACGUCGGAAUGGAGGAAUACAUCCCUCACACAGUGAAAGUUCCUAAACCAGGGUCCAACGGCUGGUUCAACAAAUCGUGUGACACUGCUCGCCAGCAGAAGAUCAAGGCCCACAGAACCUACUUACAAAACCCCACUGUAGAGAACAGACAAGCCGAUGUCGAGUCCAGAAACAAAUAUAACGAAGCGGUUCGCAAUGCCAAAAACCAGCAUGAUAUAAAAGUUAGGCGCAGGGUAAUGUCGCAGCGCAAUGGCAGUCGGUCUUUCUGGACGCUGGCCAAGCAGAUUGAAAAGAACUUCUCACACAGUAGCCUUCCACCACUUACGUGUCAGGAUGGAACUAUUGUAUUCGACUCAAAGGCCAAGGCGGAAUUGCUAGCCAAGAUCUUUGCUGCCAACUCCACCAUGGACGUCCCCACCAACGCCCAAGUGCCGUCAAUUCAAAGGGUUCCCCACACUAUGCGGGAGGUAACAUUCAGGCAUAAGACCGUAAGACGAGUGCUGUUGUCGCUCGACAUCAACAAAGCUUCUGGUCCGGACUUGAUUCCUGCCAUUGUACUGAAGAGAUGUGCAGCGGAGCUUGCUCCAGUUCUUUCGCGUCUCUUCCAGAUAUCUUAUGAAUCCGGCACCUUCCCAGAAAACUGGAAAUUUGCUCAUGUACAGCCCAUCCCAAAAAAAGGAUCUAAAACCGACCCUUACAACUACAGGCCUAUAGCUCUGCUUUCUGUUAUAAGUAAAGUGAUGGAGAGGUGCAUAAAUCGCGAGCUUCUGGACUACCUCGAACGUCACAGCUUGAUUAGCGACAGACGGUUUCCAGCACCAACGAUCCACAGGGGACCUCCUAGCUUACGUCACGCAACUGUGGAGUAAACUCAUCCAGUCUCAUGGUGAGGCUCAUGUCGUUGCUCUUGACAUCACGAAAGCGUUCGAUCAGCUGUGGCACGCUGCCCUCUUAAGCAAACUUCCAUCGUACGGCCUCCCAGAAAAGCUUUGUAGAUGGGUGGCUGACUUUAUCUCUGGCCGCAAGAUAUCCGUCGUAAUUGACGGAUUCUCCUCUUCAUCCCACAACGUCAACGCGGGUGUUCCCCAGGGAUCGGUUUUGGCUCCAACACUGUUUCUCUUACAUAUCAACAACCUCCUUUCCUGCACGAUCAACCCAAUCCACAGCUUCGCUGAUGACAGCACUCUACAUGCAGGAAUUCAGAGUGACAAGCCGAUCUCUGCCGCUGAGCUGGAAAAAAGAAGACUAGCGACGACUUCUUCUCUGACAAGAGACCUGGAGGCUAUCACUGCUUGGGGACGCAACAAUCUUGUACAGUUCAAUGCUUCCAAAACACAGUACUGUACUUUGACGAACAAAAAGCGUCCUAGCGCUCAUACAGUUUCGAUGGACGGUCGAGUUCUAUCAAAGAGCCAUUCAUUUCGGCUGGUCGGAGUCCAGAUCACCGAGGACCUGAUCUGGCACGAACACAUCUCUUCAAUAGCUGCAGCUGCUGGGAAAAAGCUAGGCUAUUUGUUUAGGGCUAAGAAAUACUUUUCUCCGCAUGACCUUCUCACUCUAUACAAGGCCCAGAUAAGGCCUAGCCUCGAGUAUUGCUCACACACUUGGGGUGCUGCCGCCCCGACUACAUUGUCCAUGCUCGAUGCUGUCCAGAGGAGGGCGGUCCGACUGAUCGAUGACUCUUCUCUAACAGACAGUCUCGGGACUCUUUCGCACCGGCGGGCCGUCGCCGAUCUAGCUCUUUUCUAUCGCGGGCUGUGCUCCUCAGAGCUCUCUUCCAUGAUGCCGCCGCGCGAUGUGCCUGCCAGACAGACCCGCCUGACUUCGGCGUCCCAUCCUAACCGUGUCAAACUUCGAACAUCCAGAACUGGCCGAUACGACCGCUCCUUUGUCCCGAGGGUGUCUAGAUUGUGGAACAAUCUACGGGAGGAAGCUUUUCCCAGUUCUACUAACCUUAGGCAGUUCAAAAAUCGUAUUAACAAAAUUUCUUUGGGAUCAUCAUAGCAGCCGCGGUGUUCCGGCAUUUAGGCUUUUGCCUGCGCGGCUGUUUCGAUAUAAAAAAAAAAUAUUUAAACACUAACUAGUUAUCACAGGUUACAACUCAAUACUUAACUAAAGUAUACUAUCGAACUAUGCGGAGUGGUCCAUUCUGCUCUACCAGACGCAACUAUUUAUAAUGUCUCUCAUGAGGUUCUGGACGGAAUUCAGAUCAAUUUCUCUCAGAUUCGUUAAUUCGCCGUCUUGGUUGUUCCUCAUGAUAAACCCUCUUGCAACAAGUUUGGAGAGUCAUCGUUUUUGAGAGCAAAAGGUAUGUUGUGUUGACGCAGCCAGUUUUGGGUAUCUCUUGAGUAAUCACAUGUAUCUACGUAGGUCUGGCCAAAACAUGAUAUGGACAUUAGCAUGAUGUUCGUAGACAAACUGAAGCAAUCUGGAAAAGCAGUUAUCAAUAUAGCUCUGACUAUUCAAAGUUUCACCUCUCGCUGUUCCCACGUGUAAACCUAUAAUAAACAUACACCUUUUAAAACUGUAAGGGUCAAUAUGCCGCCAUCACCUUGCUUAACUAAUGAACUGCGCACAGCUUUUGAUGAAAGGAAUACUGCUACUACUUUAUAUAAAGCUAAUAAGACCUUGGACGCCUAUAACAACUUCAAAUCGCUUAGACCGUGCUCUUAACAUGAUCAUGAGGGAUAAAAAGACAUAUAUUGAAAAUUUGGCAAAUGAAAAUGAUUCAAAACAAUUGUGGAAGUCUCUCCAGCAAUUUUAUAUACUCGUAAAUUGCCGUAGUAAAUCAACCCUUCCCACAAGUUUUAAUGACCCUACCAAACUUAAUGUUUAUUUUAUAUCUGUUCAUAGCUACAAACCUGUUGAUUCACUAGUUUGCGAGAACUAUUUUAAAAAUAAAUUGAGCUCUGAAUAUAUUUUUUCAUUGAAUAAGAUUAGUUCAAAUGACGUAUUAAGGUAAGUACUCACUUGGAGACCACGUUGCGCGAUUUUCUUUAGGUGGUCUAGACUUGAGACAUAGACGUGGUGUAGAAACACCGAUCUUUGCCUCAUCUAGCGUCCACACUGUGAUGGGAAUUUUUCUAGUCUCAUCUUCGCCAACCACCAUGGCGGACCUUGCUUUGUGCGCAAUGAGUACCUGUUUAGUAAAAAAGCGCGAAAACGUAAACGUUGGUGGACGCGCGAAGUGUUCGCAGAAGGACCUAGGUUCGGUACCGAACUAGUAAAUAAAUUAAGAUUGGGGAACAACAUUUGUCGUUUGACCACAUGGUAAACAAAAACAGCAGAGACCGCAUGCACUUGUUUACAAAGCAAGAGAGGUACUGGGAAAUGUAUCGUCUAUGGACGCGAGGUACUCACUAUCACCUUGUUGCGCAACGUAUCCCAACGUUGCAUUAAGUCUCCCAUUUCAAUCGGGAGACUUGAGACCUGCUUUUUUUAGUUUCGCAACCGCCCCGUAGACCGGAUUUGGUCUAUAGACAUGUCUACCGAGACAUACUGAGACAACUUUAGACAUGUCUCUGAGACCAAAAUCGCGAGACAUGUCUACUAGUGAGUACUAGGCUUUACAGGCAAUAGGGAGCCUAAAAUCUGAUGCGAAGGGAAUUGAUGGUAUAUACCUGUCAAUGAUCCAGCUUUGCCUGCCAGUUCUUCUCCGUCACAUCGUCCAUAUCUUUAACGACUGUUUGGAAAAGGCUACUUUUCAAACACAUGGAAACAAGUUCUAAUUAUUCCAAUUCCUAAAAAAAUUAAAGCCACUGUGUAUAAUGAUCUCAGACCUAUCAGUUUAUUACCAAUUUUAUCCAAAAUUUUAGAAAAAAUAUGCUUCCAAUUGACCGCUUGCCUAGAAAAAUCCUUUAUACCUCCCGACCCUCAAUCCGGUUUUACAAAAAGUUAUACUACAUCUGCCCUACUCAAUCUGCAAGACAAUAUUUUAAGUGCCUUAGAUAAGAAAAUUGCACUAGCGUUAAUUUCAAUAGACUAUUCGAGAGCCUUUGACAGCACCAAUCAUGAAGUAUUGCUUGCUAAAUUAAGUUACAUAGGUCUUGAUAUUGUAUCCCUUUCAUUAUUCGACCGUUACCUUCAUCAAGGAACUCAGUGUGUCUUUCUCAACCAGGAAAUGUCUCAAGUGACAAUAAUUCCCUCAGGCGUACCUCAGGGCUCUGUAUUGGGGCCGCUGCUGUUCCUCAUAUAUACGUUCGACUUAAGCAAAAGUAUUGAUAAUCCUCAUGUCCAGUCACUUGCAGACGUUACGCAGUUGAUCCAUUAUUUUAACCCAGAUAAUGUCAAUAUUACUACGCAAAUUUUACAAAACGAUGAUAGUAAAUUAAUUAAAUACUCUUCAGAUCACAAUCUACUUAUUAAUCUACAAAAAUCUAAAAUGUUAUUAUUUUGCGCACAAAGAAAAGCAUACAAUGUAACACAGCUCUUGAACAUUCAGAUAAAUAACCAAAUCUUGCAAUUUUCUGAUUCUGCAAAAAUUCUUGGUGUUGUUUUUGAUACAAAAUUAAGGUUUACUGGACAUGUUAAAAGUCUUUCCCAGAAAACCUACCUACGGCUGCGUACUCUUAUAGCAAACAGGUAUUUACUAAAUUUUAAGUUGCGUAAAAAACUAUGUGAAGCAUUGUUCAUAUCUAUAAUCUCUUUUAGGAGGUCAAGGUUACAAACGAUACAACUGUAAAAUCUUUGUAACACAAGAUAUCAUAACAGCUUAUCUUGUUUAAAUAAAUAGAUUAUAGCAUCUUGUACCUGUUAGGAUACAGUUUCAGUGUAAUCUUCGAUUUUAAAAUCUGUUCUUUCAAUAAAACGUGUUUCUAAAACA